GGCGGCGUGGGGGAAGCAGAUGCCGCUGGCCGCGAGCGGGAACCGGGCGCGGGCGCAAGCAGAGCGCAGCCGCGGGGAAGGCGCGGGGGAGGCGAGCCGGAGCCUGGGCGCUAGCAGCAGCCAGUGUCGCCGGAGAGCACCGGGGCGCAGCCAGAGCCGCAGCCGCGAUGGCCGUGGCGGUGGGGAGACCGUCUAAUGAAGAGCUUCGAAACUUGUCCCUUUCUGGCCAUGUUGGAUUUGAUAGUCUCCCUGACCAGCUGGUCAACAAGUCCACUUCUCAAGGAUUCUGUUUCAACAUCCUAUGUGUAGGGGAGACAGGCAUUGGCAAAUCAACGUUAAUGGACACUUUGUUCAACACCAAAUUUGAAAGUGACCCAGCUACUCACAACGAACCAGGUGUCCGGUUAAAAGCCAGAAGUUAUGAGCUUCAGGAAAGCAACGUUAGGCUGAAGCUAACCAUUGUUGACACCGUAGGAUUUGGAGACCAGAUAAAUAAAGAUGACAGCUAUAAGCCAAUAGUGGAAUAUAUUGAUGCCCAGUUUGAGGCCUACUUGCAAGAGGAAUUGAAAAUCAAGCGUUCUCUCUUCAACUACCACGACACGCGGAUUCAUGCCUGCCUUUACUUCAUUGCCCCUACUGGACAUUCACUGAAGUCCUUGGACUUGGUUACCAUGAAGAAGCUGGACAGCAAGGUGAACAUCAUUCCAAUAAUUGCAAAGGCUGACACCAUUGCCAAGAAUGAAUUGCACAAGUUCAAGAGUAAGAUCAUGAGUGAACUAGUCAGCAAUGGGGUUCAGAUAUAUCAGUUCCCCACAGAUGAAGAAACCGUGGCAGAGAUUAAUGCAACAAUGAGUGUCCAUCUCCCAUUCGCAGUGGUUGGCAGCACUGAAGAGGUGAAGAUCGGCAACAAGAUGGCCAAGGCCAGGCAGUAUCCCUGGGGCGUGGUGCAGGUGGAGAAUGAAAACCACUGUGAUUUUGUGAAGCUGAGGGAGAUGCUGAUCCGCGUGAACAUGGAGGACUUACGGGAGCAGACGCACACCCGCCAUUACGAAUUGUAUCGGCGCUGCAAGCUUGAGGAGAUGGGCUUCAAGGACACUGACCCUGACAGCAAGCCCUUCAGUCUUCAGGAGACAUAUGAAGCCAAAAGGAAUGAAUUUCUGGGAGAGCUGCAGAAGAAAGAAGAAGAGAUGAGACAAAUGUUUGUCAUGAGAGUAAAGGAAAAAGAGGCAGAACUUAAAGAGGCCGAGAAAGAGCUUCAUGAGAAGUUUGACCUUCUAAAGCGGACACACCAAGAAGAGAAGAAGAAGGUGGAAGACAAGAAGAAGGAGCUGGAGGAGGAGGUGAACAACUUUCAGAAGAAGAAAGCAGCGGCCCAGUUACUACAGUCACAGGCCCAGCAGUCCGGGGCCCAGCAAACCAAGAAAGACAAGGAUAAGAAAAAUGCAAGCUUCACAUAAAGCCUGGCCAGCCAAGGAUGUUCCCGCAUUCACCCGCUUUUGCAGUAACCGUGUAUCUCUGCCAUCUUUGUCCUUUUGUUUUAUUUGAUUGUUUUGCCCUUCCCCAAACACAAAUAACUCUUAACUCAUUUUGCUGAAUGUUGUCGGGUGGUGGAAAACCCUAGAACAAGGGAAUAGCAAACAGCAACUGCUCUGUGCAGCUGGACUCUAUUUCUGGCAAGUCAAUGAUUUGCUUUGUAUGCCUAUUCCGAAUGGCAGUGGAAAGCAUGCCUGUUACUUGUAUGUCGCUUUGGACGGAGGAAAGUGGGGUAAAAAGCUACCUGUACGUCUGACGUGAAAACUUCUCACCGCCUCAGCAGCUCAACUAAAACCCUGAGUAGCCAUGGCAACAACUGAUCGCACAGUCCCUGAGCUCACUGUCUCUUCUCCACACCUGCCGCAAACCAAGGCAGAUUUGUAUGUAGGCAGAACAGUGGGUAAGCAUUUGCAGAUACCUUUUACCUUUGCAUGAAUGUUUCAUUUUAAUUGCUUGCAUUACUUGGCCUCAGCUUGUGGUCUGUUCAGACUGUCUCCUGUUAGGGACUGAGACUGCGUCUGAACACUGCCUCUCCAAGCCUGGCCCAGUUGGUCUGGACUGGCAUAAGAAAUUGAUGAUUAAGUUCAUGUUCACCAGUGCAUCCUUAACCCUCUCACAGAUCAUCAGUCUCGAAGGUCAGGUUAUAAAACCUCAAUAGAAGAAUCUACCACUGAGCACAGUAGGCUUCCCAUAUCUCCUUUCAUAAACUUAAACCCACCUUUGCUCUCUGGAUUGAGGGAUAGAACCUUCUGAUUUAGUGGAGGGGUACCUCCACUAAAAAGUUUUCCCUCAUGAGAAAACUGCCACAAACACUUCCAGUGGAAAUUUCUCUGUGAACCAUGUGUCAUCAGCAUAUAUUUGUAAAGAUCUUGUGAAUUUAAGGUAGAAUGGGAAGGAAUGUAACAAUAACCCAUGCAUCCAGAAAGUUGUUGUUUUGCUUUUUUAAAGAAAGAGUAGCAAUGAGACCUUACUUGCAGCUUCCUUGCUGGAAUCUGGUUGUCUUAAGGGCAUUUCCUCCCUUAUGCGCCCCACCCACCUCACCCAGGUGGCCUCAACCAUACACCAGGACAUGUACUACCUGCCUGAUUUGUGUGGAGAAGGAUAUAUUUUGUCUCUCCAUUGCUUCCUUUCAUCUACACAGUGCCCAUUCCACUCCUAACUGUCGUCUCCCAUUUCUUCCUUGAAAGGAUAACCUUUUCAUGAACCCCGUACUUCCCCUCAGACAGCAGGCAGAGAAACAGGAUAGAUUGUGCUGCACUUCCCUUCCUCUCCCAACAUGAAACACUUUUCUCUCCAAACAAACAAAAAGAAUAAAUCUGACUCAAGCAAAGA